AUGACUUUACCAAAACAAAUUUUAGGAACAAUUUUCCGAUUCUCUUUUAUUUCAUUUAUCUAUGGAUUUCUUCUACUUAUUCUUCCAUGGUUGGGUGCAAUAAGCAAAAGAAAUAUUCGAACUCGUUUUCGUUUAUUAAUUCUUCUUACUGGUCUUAUUAGUCUUCUCGCUAUUACUUCUCAAAUAAUCUUUCAAUCAAUUCUUCUUGCAAACAAACCAUAUGGUCAUACGCUUGAUAAUUGUACUAAAACUACUGAAAUUCUUCGAUAUUUUGGUUUAGAACGUUUGGAUAAUUCCAAUGCUAUUCGAGUCUUACGAUUGAUAUUUCCUGAUAUUGUCAUAUUUGCUAUAUCGACAAUCUGUUUUUUUGUUAUUCGACGUACAUUAAUAGUUUUAAGACGACGUCAAAGUGAAAUUCAAUCUUCCAUAACAUCAAAUGCCAUAAAUUUAUCACCAUCAAUUGAUAGUAGUACUAGUACAACACAUAAAAGAAUUUCUUGGCCACGAUUAUUAUCAAUAGUAAGACGUAUACGUCUAUUUAUUCAAUUUAUUAUUGUCGGUCUUGCUGCAUUUGUUUAUCCAAGUAUAAUUAAUUCCAUAUAUUUUAUUUUCUUCCUUAUUAUCGCUUUUGUAUGGUCAUUAUCUAUUAAAUUUGGUAAAAAAUUUGCAUUCGUUCGUGCUUCAUUAGUCAUUUAUACGGGCAUGCAUUUACUUACUCUAUACCUAUAUCAAUUUACAUUUUUUCAAGAAGCUUUACCACCAUUAUCAUUAUGGAGCAAUAUCACGGGCCUAACAGCAAUUGUAACAAAUAAUUGUACGAGUAGUGAACCAUAUGUUGCAACUAAUCUUACAUGGAAUGAUUAUGUUAAUCCAUGUGCAAUUUUGCUUCUUUACUUUUAUUUUGCUUUUGAAACGAAUCGAGCAUUUUUUCAACGAAAAGUACGAUCAAAUACAACAACAAUACAAUCUCUUGAACAACAGAGUUUGGUUGUCACUGUCGAAAGACCAGAUAUAUUAGAGCAAAAUUCUCGAAGUUUACAACGUCGAUGGAGUUUCGAACAAUCUGGUGAUCAAACAUGGCAAGGACGAAUAAUUUUUGUCAUAUUAUCAUUACUUCGUGUAUUAGAACGACAAAGUUAUUUAUUAUCCUUGAUUGCUAUGCUGGCGUGGAGUAUAACAUAUCAUAGUUUAUUAACAUUAAUAUUUCUUCUUUGGGCAUGUCUUCUUUGGGUGUUACCCAAUUCUCGAAAAUGGUGUUUAAGAAUGAGUCCAUUUUUUACAAUUUAUGGUGGAAUAUUAUUAAUAUUACAAUAUAUAACUGGUUUUACAAUAAGUUUUGAUCAAUUUAAAUUCGGCUAUGAUCGUCGUACAAUGGAACAAAUUGGUAUUCAAACAAAUGAUUAUUAUCCAGCAUUUGUUCCAUUACUUGUUAAAUCUUUAUAUAUGAUGAUUUUUUGUUUAACAUUUCGACAAUAUAUAAAUGAAAGACGAAGUCUUAAUAUUCCAUCAACUGAAGGUCAUCGAGUCAGUAUAUCAGCUAAUUCAUAUGCUGGACGACUGGGACGAUGGUUUAUUAGUUUUUUAACAAAAUAUUGGAUAUUUGUUUCAUGUGGAAUGAUUUUACUUGUUAGUAUUCGCGGUACUGUAGUGAUUUAUCGAAUAAUCUAUAUGAUCUUCUAUUUAUUCUUCAUACUUUCAUUUCAAAUUUCAUUUGGAUUUUGGCGAAAAACAGCAUCUACGUUUCAUUUAACUAUUAUUAUCUAUUCAAUGAUUAUUUUAAUUGGAUUAUAUAUUUAUCAAUUUGAAUUAGUUAAUGAAUUUUUAUCAGCUAAACUUAGUAAAGAAUUACUUGCAUCAAUUGGACUUGAAGUUGUUCCAUCAGAAGUUUUGGCUGUUAGAUUAUUGACACCAAGUGCAUUUCUUAUUGUUAAUAUAAUGCAACUGUAUUAUUUUCAUGCUGAAUGGAUGAAAUUAAUAACAAUGCCCAGAGAAUUCGGAUUAAUGUAG